AUGUCAGCUCCACUCUUCUAUGCUAGCCCCUCGCCAGAGCCCGCCGACGUUCCAAAGACAGUCCGCCUGCCUCGAACGGGUGGCGAUGCGCGGGCAACGGCCAGGGGAAUCUUUCGCGACGUCGACCCUCGGUCCCAAGAAUAUAAGCCUCGUCAAGCGCGUCGACCUCUACCCUCCCCGACCAGGCCCAACCCAGGCGCGGUUCUCUUUUGGCCGUCUCACAAGUCUCGCCCCAAGCCAUCGGAGGCUGUGUCUGGCCACGCUUCACAUAGACAGUCCUUCCACAAGCGACGGGAGGAAAAGCGUAUAAAGGAGGUGCGAUCACCCCGCAAGCAAAUGAAAGUCCCUACCGGAAAGGAGCUUGCCGCCACCGCUGCGCUUCUCGGUGAGAAGAAACCGCUUCCCGUAUGCCGACCGAGUGUGGGCGACUGCCUGGACAACCACGAAAGCACUAGUGCUUUUGGUGAGCCGGUGCUUCUGACGCCGCAAAAGCGACGCGAGCGUCCCGCCUCGCCCAUGAAGGUCGAUAGCCCUACGAAGAGAACUGGUGUCUUUCCUACCUACGUGUGUUCAAGCACUGAGAAGAAAAGUGUCACGACGCCCGCGGCGAAAUCAGACAAGCCUUUGACGAUCAAGAAACCCUUCUUUUCGGUAGUAGAGACGAGUGCAAACUACCGAGUGAGCCCGCACUAG